CUCGUUUAUAUCAACUAGUCGAGCUAAAGCGAGAAUAGGAAGCGCUGUGUUCUGCUUUGAUUUGAUUAUGACGUCUGAUUCGAACAAAGAAAAUGAACUCUCUAAGUAUAUUAAAGAAUACAUCCCGGGAAUUGUCGAGAAAGAAGUCAGUUAUGGCAAACAGUCGUCCGUCACGAAAAGCGAAAUGGACCUAGAACCUUUGCUUAAACCGAACCCACACCGUUUCGUCCUUUUCCCCAUAGAAUAUCAAGAUGUAUGGCAUUUCUACAAGAAGGCUGUAGCCUCGUUUUGGACUGUAGAAGAAGUGGACUUAUCCAGAGAUCUCGUACAUUGGGAGUCGCUCAAGGUUGGUGAACGUCACUUUAUAUCCUAUGUGUUGGCCUUCUUUGCUGCGAGUGAUGGGAUCGUCCUGGAAAACCUCUUGGAACGCUUCAGUCAGGAGGUCCAGAUCCCAGAGGUUCGUUGUUUCUAUGGGAUGCAGAUAGCUAUCGAAAACAUUCAUUCUGAGAUGUAUUCUUUAUUAAUUGAUACAUACAUCAAAGACUCUAAAGAAAGGGACUUUCUUUUCAACGCAAUAAGCAACCUCUCUUGUGUAGCAAAAAAAGCUCAGUGGGCACUCGAUUGGAUUGGUGAUUCCAAGUCUACCUUUGCAGAACGCUUAGUUGCUUUUGCAGCAGUAGAAGGUAUUUUCUUUUCUGGUAGCUUCGCAGCUAUAUUUUGGCUUAAGAAAAGAGGUCUGAUGCCUGGGUUGUCGUUUAGCAAUGAAUUAAUCAGUAGAGACGAGGGCUUACAUUGUGAUUUCGCCUGUCUGCUGUUUAAACACAUUAUCGGAAAACCCUCCAAGGAGCGUGUUGAAUCUAUCUUAAAAGAGGCGGUUCUGAUCGAACAAGAGUUUUUAUCUGAAGCCCUACCGGUCAGCUUAAUUGGAAUGAACUGUAAACUGAUGUGUCAGUAUAUUGAGUUUAUCGCUGAUAGGCUAUUAGUUGAACUUGGUUACGAAAAGACGUAUCAUUCUGACAAUCCUUUCGACUUUAUGGAGAAUAUUUCCAUAGAAGGAAAGACGAACUUUUUUGAGAAGCGAGUUGGUGAAUACCAACGUGCUGGCGUUAUGUCCCGAGCAAGAGGCGAAUCGACUCAUAAUUUUUCUGUAGACGAAGAUUUUUGAUACAUUUUAUAUUUUUAUAAUAAUAGAUGUGCAUUUAU